UUGUUUCUGAAAAGUCCAUUAUAGAUUUACGUAUCCCUUCACAUGACAUUGCAAAUCAACCCCGCUGAGAGAGGAGGAGAGAUAGAGAGAUGUUCCGACUUCAACUUAAGGAUAACGUACGCCUAGAAGACUUCAAGGGAUACACUGUAAUUAUCCCCAGUAUUUGUAUAGGAAAUGCUGCCCAACUAGCAUGUGAUUUGCUAAUAUCAUCAAAGAAUUUAAAGCGAGUAGCUUCCAUUAGUCAUCCCGCCUUAAUACCGUGCUAUGGGCCGUCUGCUUUCCAGCAUGAGCCUGAGGAAAAAAUUGCUGCCUGCGAAUUGUAUUCGUGUCCUGACAGUAAACUGCUAGUCUUUCAAUUCCGCUCACCUUUCAUAUCGACGCAUAUGACAAGUUUUCACAAGGAGUUGGCCAACACAUUGAACAACGCUGAAAAAGUUAUAGUCCUAAGUGGCAGUUUGGGAUUUGAAAAACGCAUUAUUGAUUCUUGUCCGUACGAAUACAAAGCAAGUGAAUCAUUCAAAGGAAUCCAUGGCGAUCGAUUGCAAAACAUGAAAUGGAAAGAGUUUGGUGGUGAAAUGAUAUUUGGCGGCGGAAAUGCCCUGGAUCUAUAUAAAAUUAUGGAUGAGCAGAAUGUACCUGUUAUGAUUCUCUUCCGUUAUUUGUUAGAAGGGGACAAUUCAACAGAUGCCGCACUUAUUUUAAGUGAGCUCAGCGAACUAUGCAAAGACUUUUUAGCAUUAAACACAGAUGUUGGUGGAUUACAAUUAAAAGUUCCUAUAUCGUGGAAACUUUUGUUCGGAAAUGAUAUUCCAGAAUUAAUUUUUUGAUGAAAA